AGGGACGGAAGUAAUACUGUUACGUUGAUGCUGUUGACCCAUAUCACUUAGUUGGGCUCUGCCCAGCUGCUGGGUUUACUGCGGAGAUGGAGGACAAAGGAGGGUGAGUGUAACUGGUGGGAAAUGGCUAUCAAUAAUCGGUGACAUCACUCGCUCAGAGACCUUGAAGUAGUUGUUUGCCUUGGUCUGCGAUGCUUCAUGAGUGUCUAUUGUCGAUGUGUUCAGGGGGUCCGUCUUGGUUCGAGUCCUCGUUGGGCACGGAGAUAGACAUAAGCACCUGACCCAGUUAGUGUGCCCCCUCCGUAAAAUAUUUGUAUGAUAAUAAAACAUGGGCUUAAAAAUUACGUUUUUUAUUGAAUUUAACAUUGACAUUAAAAAAACACUACAUACACACACAAUUUGAGUGCGGUCCUCCUGCACUGUGCGUGGUGCUGUCUUGCCUCUCUCUCUGCUCUCUGCUCUCUUUGAGCGUCACAGCUCUACGCUACUGUACUCUAUCUCCAUUCCUCCCAUCUGGCGGACUGACUGGCACAUCGCACCCGACUCUCUGGCUUCCCUGAGCGGUCUGCCUCCACACAGACCCCCGGCAGGUAUGGAGGUGUGGGGGUGGUAAGGGGAGCACAGAUGGGAUCGUUUAUGAAUCAUUGGGCAUGCUGAAUCCUAGAGGGAUGGAGCCAGACCCGUCCUUGGAGACAUGCACUCAGAGCAGAGCAGAGACAGAGGGAGAGAGAACAGAGACCAGAGAGGGACCCACCAGGAGCCCCAGCCCCCUGUCCCCCAAUAGGUCUUCAGCUGCUCACAACCUUACUACUCCCCCUAAAUUCACCCCUACUCCCUAAACUGAACCCCCCGCCCUUCUAAACUCACCCUCACUCCCUCUGCUAGUACACUCACCCUCACUCCCUCUGCUAGUACACUCACCCUCACUCCCUCUGCUAGUACACCCUCACUCCCUCUGCUACCCUCACCCUCACCUACAUGCACACCCUCUUCCUCCUCUACACCUACCCCCAAUCCCCUUAAACUGAAUCCCACCCCUCACCUCCCCCUACUCUCACUCAUAAAACCCUCACUACCCUCACCCCUAUGGUACUCAACCCCACCCCAACAUGUACACCUACUUCCCCCUCACUUACUCCCAACCCCGUCACCCCUACAAUACUCAUCCCCAACCCUACUCCCCCCCCACACUUACACCCUCUCUACCUACACCCACGCAUGCCCCCACUAAAGUCACUCACAAACCUGUUCCUUUCCCCCUCACUCCCCCACCAUCCACUUUACAUCCCCUCUACUCACUCCCUCCCGCUCCUCCCCACUGUAUCAGCCAUCACUUCUCUGCCCCCCUCCUCAGUAAACCAUGGCAACAUGUCUUCUGCUCCCGGGACUUCCUCCUUGACCAAUGGUAACGCAAGGCCAGUCCCCACACCCACCUCUCCACCAAUCACGCCUUUCCAUACCCCGGCCAGCAGACAGAUACAUUUCCCUCGCCCCCUGGAUACACCCACUCUGAUGCAAGCCUAUCAGAGCACCUCGUCUGUCAGACAGAGGGUAUCCCAGCAGGCUUUGCUCCUAGGUCGGAGUUCUUGUUCCAGCCGAGACCAGAUGCUGCUCAGGACCCAGAUGCUGAUUUUCACCUCUACAGUACGGCCUGUCCCUUCCUCUUCCUCCUCUUCCUCUUGCCCUGCCUCCGCUCAGCUCCAGAGUCUAACCCUGCACCCCUCUGCUCCUGGAACUCUUACAAUCCCCCCUUCUUUACGUCUCAAACCUCCCUCUUCCUCCUCCCACUCUCCUAUCUCUCGUCCCCGUACACCCCUUUUCCCCCCUCUCCGGCCACGCCCCCAGCCCGGUGCCAUGGUAACAGACAGACAGACCACACCCACCCGGCACCUCUCAGUCCCACCUCCAACUCUCUACUCUUCUGUGCGUUCUGUCCCUCUGAGACCCAGACUUCAUUCUCCAAAUGGCCACAGGGUGGCAUCCCCGAGACACAGCCCGGCCCUGCAACCAAUCGCUGCUGCCGCUGCCGGACAGGCCCUGCCCAGCAGACAGUGGACUGGACCAGCCAGCAGUUUGUCAUCUCAAACCCCACCCACACAGACCACCCCAGGCCAAUCACAGCUCAGCUCAGGCUCUAGUCCCCUGGGUUCUACUUCCUGUUUUGAUCGGUUGCCGCCGGCAUCAAGGCAGCUGCAAAUCAUUGCCCUCUCCGCUGGCUCCACCCACCGCCUCAGCAGCCAAUUACAGCCUGCUGCCAACACACACACCCCAGCUUCUGUCCAAUCAAAGCACCUGGUUCUUGAAUCCCCACCACCUCAGCUCGAUGCCGAACCACAGAGGACUUCUGAACACGCCUCUCCCUCUCCCACCUCCUCCAUCCACAAAGCCAACACACCCCUACCCUACCUCCAUUAUCAGGCCAGACACACUGAUCCGAAAGGAGAAGUGGGGAGACAGGGGGUAAGGGAGGAGAGAGAGAGGGUGGGAUUAGAGGAAGAAAUGAUGGGGGGAAUUGAAGAGGAGCAGAGGAAUAGAGAGAGGGUGGGAGGAGACAGACAGGUGACAGGAGAGGAGAAAGGGAAUGUGGAUAAGAGAGGAGAGAGGGUGGGAGGACAGGAGAAAGAGGGGACUGGAGGAGAGGAAAAAUGGGUGGAGAGAGAUAAAGGAUUUGAGACACUGAGAGAGAUGACAGAAGUAGAGGAGGGGCAGGAAAGGAUGAAGAUAGAGGGAGAGGAGCAGAGAGAGAGGAUGGAAGUAGAGGAGGAAAAGCAGAGACAGAGGAUGGAAGUAGACGAGGAAAAGCAGAGACAGAGGAUGGAAGUAGAGGAGCAGGAGUGGGGACAGAAAGAUGCAAUGAAAGGAGAGGAGGGGACUAUAAUAGACCCACAGCUCAAUGCAGACCCGGCUACUCAGAACCCUCCCUCAGAACCCCCCAUAAACAUCCAGAGACCAUCAGACCGUCCCAUAGAGCAAUUCCCAGACCUCCCCCACGUGGACCAAGAGGACCUCUGUGAGAACAUGUUCAAUCAGUCUGACAACCAAUCAGUCUUAUCCAGUCUUUCCUCUCAGUCUCCCCCUGCCUCACCCUUCCUCACCCUUUCAUCUGAUCUCCCCCCUCCUCUCCUGCCUGUUAGCCCUUCCCACCCAGAGAGCCUCAGCCUAUCACAGAGCCGCCCUGAGACCUUCAGUCUAUUGGAGCGCAAGCCUUGGUCACAGAGGGUCUGGCCAGAGGGCGGGAGGCGUGUCUUAACUCACCUGGUGGAGGGCUUCAUCAUACAGGAGGGGCUGCAGGCAUUCCCGGUGAACCGCUCGUCUCUGUUGUUGGGAGGGCAGGAGGCUAUCUCCCAGAAUGGGAACAUAGAGGGGGCCGAGUUAUUACCGUUGACAGACACACCAGAGCCACCGGAACAUUCCAGCGAAUCAGAACAAGAGCGCGUGGCUACAAGUGACCCGCUCACAGGUCCCAGAGAGAGACAUCGGGGAGUGUUACAUUGCGAGUCUUGUGGGAAGAGAGGCCACGCCCACUCCUUCCAUCGCUCCAAGCGAUACUGCUCCACUUCCUGUGCCCGCAGGUAUAAUGUAGGGCUGUCCAAGCGUCUGCGUGCCCUGAGUGCUGGCAGCCAGCCAGAGGGGCGAUGCUCUGAGAUAAACAAGGUGGAGUCUGUCCCUGGGAAGCCUCUCUUACUGCGACUGCCCCGUGAAAUAUGGAGCGCCCAUCGCCGUGACAACGAAGAGGAGGAGGGGCAUGCUGUUCCCACGACAGCCAGGCUGGAGCGCCGAGCGGCACGGAGGGCGAGGAGGGCCUCAGAGCCAGCGAUGACCCCUAGUAACUCCACUGUGACCUCUAGUGACUCCCUACCUGCACAGUGGAGCGUCGAGCAAGUCUGGGACUUUAUACACACACUGCCAGGUUGUGUCGAGGUUGCGGAGGCGUUCCGUAUUCAGGAGAUAGACGGCCAGGCCCUGCUGCUGCUCACUGAGGACCACCUGAUGACCAGCAUGAACAUCAAAUUGGGACCAGCUCUCAAGAUCUGUGCCCACAUCAACACACUCAGACACAGAUAGAGAUGAGAGAAGGAGGUGAGGUGGGAGUGUGGGUGGGAUGAAGAGAAGAUGGAGACAGAAAAAAAGGUUAAGAGGGCUGGGUGUGGAAAGAGAUAGGGAAAAGAGUGAUUGAUUGAUGGGGAUGAGAGAGAGAGGUGAGGAACAAAGGACAGCGAAGAUGAGAGAUAAAGAGCUAAGAGCGAAUCAGUGAGAGAGGAGAGGGACCUUUUCUAUUCUAUUGUGUCUGUGUGCAUAUAUUACAAUGUCAUCUAUUGGGUGUAACAAACGAUUUCAUUAAGGAUGUGUAAUAUACAUUAUCAUGUAUUUCUGUAUUUGGUUAUUAUUUUAAAAUGUGGCAUCACAUGUAAAUUGUAAAAUAGUUUUUGAUUUCACACAGUUGAUACACAGACAUUUUUAAAUAACUUUGUGGAAUUUAAUGUCUUAACUAAAUCAAUGAUUAUGUUUUUAUAUAUGAUCUCUUCUGAGAACAAGUUAGAUCUUAUUUGACUCCUAACCAUGUCAACUUUGUCAGAUGACAUAAUGUUUUAUUUUAUUCUGCCUCUUAAAACUCAGUAAUAAAUCAAAUUAAUUUA